AUGGCGCUUUGCAUAAAUUCUUUACUGGACAAGCCGAUACUAAGGAUCGGUCCAUUUAUAAUAAUUGUCAUGAUGAUAGUGCAAGAGAUAGACUGUAUCGGUUGUUUUGUUUGUUCAUCGUUCAACGGAUCUGAUCCUACUUGUGAGGAUAUAUUCAAUUCUACGAUUACUACCCAUGAUGAAUCAGACACCGUUGGCAUAGGUAAUUACAGGUAUCCGUGCUGGGCUUUCAAAAAACAACGACAAGGUUUAUUCCCCGCAGAUCACUGUAUCAAAGUGAAUGGAUACCGAACAGAUGACGCAUCACAAACCAUGGUUAUUCGGACGUGUGCACUGGAUUCAGGUACUUUGACAGCAGAUACGGAAAUAGUGCGCAUAUCUCACUGUGGUCACUUCAAAUAUGAAGGUCACCAGUACGCAGGAUGUGUACAAUCGUGCGACACAGAUGGAUGUAAUGGUGGUUCAAGUAUAAACAGAAAUUAUCAUAACCUUCUUUAUGUCAUAACAGUGAUACUUCUUGCAAUUAUUAGAUUAUAA